UAAACAAGGUAGGGUACCUUUGAAAAUAAAAUUGACAGCUUACAGAUACCUCAAACCAAAACAAACUUCACAAAACCUACUGAAAACAAACUGUGCAAUAAAAAGCCCAUUCAGCGUGAACAGUAAACAAACAAACAUUUAGCACAAUUCCACCAGCUUCCAUCACCUACGGCUGGAGUGAAAUGGAGUCUUUGCGAAUGCCGAGAAAUCCGAGCAUACGAGAGCAAAAAACAAUUCUGCUUUUUAUAAAUCAAAUAAAAUUACAUCCCUGUCUGUGGGACCAGGCAGAUGCAAAUAACAGGAAUGCACAUGCAAGACAGGAUGCUUGGUGUGCAAUAGCUCGAAAAGUAGGAUACAGUGUUACUGAACUGAGGCGCAAAUGGCGAAGCUUAACGUGCCAUUACUUCAAACUGAAAGACGACUUGGAACUGAGAAAGAAAACCCAGAGUAAAGAUUGGUUCGCAUAUUGUCCAAUGGAGUUUUUGGGAAAUUCUAAAAAUGUUCGUAAUAGGAGAGGAAAGCACACAAAAUAUAUAAUUUUGGGUGAAGAACGAAGUAUUGCUUCUGAUGAAUGUGAUCUGAAAGAGAUAGUGCACCUGGAAGAUGACGUAGAAGAGAUAGAAGAGAAUUAUGAAGCGACAAUGGAGAAUAAUUUAUCCGAAGCAACGAGCGAAUGCACCGUGUCUUAUGAUAUCAUCAAUGGGAAACUGGAGGAGGACACUACUGCUACACUGUAUCACGAACAUAAUAACGCAGAUGAUAGCUUAACGGAUUCUGAAGUCUCUUUUCAACAACUUUAUAUGAAUGAAAAGCGGAAAUCCGCACUGCUGUAUGAGUUGAAUGAAAAACUUGAGAAAGAGAUACAGCAGCAAAGAGCGGAAAUGCAGCUGCAACAACUAAAACUUUCGUCCUUAGAACAGAAAUUAAAACACUCUGAACGGAAAUUGGCAAAAUUUUUAAAAGUAUCGCAGCAGAAUGAUGAUACAAUGGUACAAGAAGAAGAAUACGACACAAAAGAAACGUUGAUCGAUGGUACAACUGUGACGAAAACUAAAAUUACAACAAUCCAGAGCUUAUCUACUGAUGAAGUAGCCGAUCAAUGUGAUCCGUUGCGUAACCGGACAGGGAUCACCAAUCACGACAGUAAUCCUGAAGCCUUCCAGUUAAUGGCUAGUUCGAUAAAAAAGAUGCAAAAUGUUAUCGAGAAUUUUGCAAAUCAGUCGAAGCGUCGUUAUAGUGGAUUCGGAGAUUUUAUGGUCCGUGAACUGAAUGAGAUGGAUGAGAUAACUAGCAUAAGAUUGAUUAAUGAAAUCACAUCGAUGUUGAAAAACGAAGGAAAUAUGCAUCGCAACACCAGGGGUCAUGGCAAAUGAUCGCAUAAGAGUAAGGUACACAAUGCAACUAGUUUAAAAAGUAUCUUUCAAUGAUUAGGUGCUCAAAAGCUUUGUACGAUCGCUUGAUGUAUCAAUUGGAUUUUCCAUACAAAAAAUAGAUUGUUGUUAUUUUUAUAGAGCC